AUGCCAGCUCUCUCCUCCCGCGCGCUGCUGGUGGCCGCAGGAAGCACAGGCGGCGGCCACCACCAGAUCCGCCGAGGAGGAGCUCGAUCCGAUGCGUCCCAAGAGGACCGACUGAGAGAGCUCAUCAGGUCUAGGAGGAACGCUCCUAGUGACAAUAAGGGCAUUUUUAAGGUGAAUGACAUACUAAGCCACAGGGUUGCCAGCAGCCUCCUGAGCACAAGCUACUCCGACAGUGAACACAGUGCCCUGAAGGCAGCUGAUAAGAUCACUGCGCUGCCGGGGCAACCAGAAGGCGUCGACUUCGACCAGUACGGCGGGGCCAGGAUGCUCAUCGCUUGGCUACGGAGCAAUGCAAGAACUCGGCCCGUUCCGUUGGCUAAUGUGAUCUUCUUGGAAUCGCCGGCGGGUGUUGGAUACUCCUACUCCAACACAUCCUCGGACUACGACCUCAGUGGAGACCAAAGGACGGCUGAUGAUGCGUAUUUGUUUUUGGUUAAUUGGCUGCAGCGCUUCCCUGAAUACAAAAGCCGUCCAUUCUACAUCUCCGGUGAGAGCUAUGCCGGACAUUAUGUGCCUGAACUUGCUGCCACCAUCCUAAUCCAGAACUCCUACAAUAGCAAGACGGCCAUAAACCUACGGGGCAUCUUGGUACCUGAUCGAUUUUUUCUUAGUUCACUGAAUCAGUUACCUGGAUAUGAUCCAUGCAGCGAUUUAUACACCUAUGUCUACCUCAAUGACCCAGCAGUGCAGAAUGCUUUCCAUGCUAGAAUGACAAAUUGGUCAGGAUGCGCAAACUUGAACUGGACCGAUGCACCAAUUUCCAUGGUGCCAACAAUCUCAUGGCUAGUUGAGAAGGAGUUACCUGUCUGGAUUUUUAGUGGCGAUUUUGAUUCCGUAUGCCCACUUCCUGCUACGAUUCCAUCCACGAUCUUAACCUGCACAUCACAACUCCAUGGCGCCCGUGGACAGCAAACAUGGAGGUCGGAGGAUAUGUUCAACAAUACAAGGGAGGAUUCACAUUUGCCUAUGUCAGAGGAGCUGGUCAUCUGGUUCCCUCUUUCCAGCCCGAGAGGGCAUUAA